AUUGUCAUAAACGAUAAAUCGUAAAUGUGAACCAUUGAUUAACGCCGGGCGUUGAAUUUUGACAGCAAAAAAAACAGUUUACAUACUAUUCCAGACGGAGAAAGUCGAACAAUAGUUUGCUACACUUUUCGGCCUAAACAAACAAUAUUUUCGAUUGAUUUCGGUUUUGUUUUGAUGAAAAUUUCACGAGUGAUUGGAAAAAUCAAAUAAAUUCCGUUGCGUAAAGUGCAAAACAGUGGGCCCGAAAUCAUGGCUUCGGUACAAGAAAGAUUGCAGUCAAAGAGAGUACCGGUGGAAAAUUGGUCAAUAAGCGAGCGAUUGUAUUUGGCGUCGGCGGUAGCAUGUAGUGGUGAUCAGAAUUGGAUGUCAGUUAGUCGAUCGUUGAAGCUUGCUUGCGGUUCGAAUAAUCGUCCAAGUGAUUGGUUUUCGCAAAAAUCAUGCGCCGCACAAUACGAAGUGCUUCUCGGUAAUGUCGAACCAACAAAACGCAAGAAACGAAAUGAAAAAGAUACCAGCCAAACGGUUGUUGAGACCCCAAUCCAGCUGAUUGUUCGGAAACUGACACAAGAACGCAUCGCCGAAUUGAAUAAAUUGAUUCAAGAACAGCGCGAAGAAUACCAAAAGCUACGAAAUGAAAUCGCUGGCAUACACAACAACGUAUAUGAUGAGAAUCAAUUGCGGGAAAUGCUGCACCAAAUUGAAAACGAGGAAAAACAGCGUGAGCGUGAAAAACUGGAAUAUGCCCAAUUUGUUAAGGAACGUGAAGAAAGAAAACGUGAGAUCGAAAGAACCUGGCGCUCAAAUACGAAUCUUCAUCAGAGUCCCUCUUCGAACAUUCAUUCGCCGACUUUAACGCAGCACUUGAAUCAAAAAAUCAAAGUCGAGGAAAUGGAAGUGGAUGACCCAAAUGCAAAACAAGGAACAUCACCACUUCUAACAUCGUUGCUCAAGUCACCAUCAGCCGCACCAAAUCCAUCUUCCUCAAUACUGCAUAACAUUGCAAAUCAACAAACUCGAGUGGCGGCGCCAACCAUCACAAACCUUUUAACGGGAUCGGUGACCAAUUUAUCGGGCUCAUUGGCUUCGACACCGCAGGCUGGCACAAAAACAACUAUUGCAACAUCUGGUACUGCGAUCACUACACCAUAUCCGACAUCGAUGCAUAAUCAACCAUUGACCGGUCCUGGACCACAUGACCAUUCGAUGGGCAACAUUGCACAAAGCCCUUCACAAGCUGCCCCAACUCUGUCUAUGCUAUUGGAAAAUAAGCAGAAGGAAAACUCAAUGAAAGUGCCUCCUCUCACUCGAAUUGAUUCGCAAAAUUCAAUGUGUUCGAUGGAUCAGCAUUCGAGCGGCGAUAUCGCCACAAAAACAGAACCAAGCGAUGUAGAUUUCAACAAUGCCGAAUCACCUAUAAAGGACGAAGAUCAACAGUUGAUGGAUGUUUUCAACGAGCUCAUACCCGAUGACAUGGGUGAAUUGGACGACAUCAUUUUGGAUGAUCUUAUCAACGAGGUACAGGUGGCUGGUGAUUCACAUGCAGCAGAAAAUUUAGAAGGACAAGUCAAUUUGGAUUUGAAAAACUUUCAAAGCCAACCGGCACACGCAACCGAAGCAGCUGUAAUUAAAGACGAGCCCAGCAAUGUAAGCGAAAAUACUUGCGAUUCAACGGCAGCUAAUACGAAAGUUGAAGAUCCAUUCGAUGAACUAAAAGAGAGUUGUAAAACCGGGAAUGAAGAGAAGGUGCCACCAGUGGAUUUACCGAAGGAUGAUGAUUCAGAUUUAUCGAAUGAUACUCCAUUGUCAGAGCUAAUGAAACAAGAAACAUCAGCUAAACAGCAGCGUGCCCAAAAUCAAGCACCGACAGAAAUUUCAUUGACAACAGAAGCAGAACAACCGGAUGAAGCACAGUGCGAGGCUGAACAACAACAUGACCAAACGGUAGAGCCUGAAGAAAGCAAUGAAUUGGCUCAGGGUGAAAAAAAGGUUGAGGACAAUGUUGAUUUAAUUGAUAAUCGAUCAUCUGAACAAGAAGGUUAUUUGGAAUCAAUUCAGACGGAUGAACAACAGCAACAAAAUGAUUUCGAAUUGAAGUUGUCUGAAUCGGAAGAAAAACCGAAUAAGGUCGAAAUUGGAAUGCCAAUCGAUUCAUUCGAAUCGGACAGCAAUGAUGAAAAAUCUAUGGAAAAUAUAAAGCGAGAAAUUGAAGCACUGCCCGAGCUCAAGGAUAGCAACAGUAGUGAGAAUUCGCAAGAUGAGAAAAUAGGGAUCGAAGAUUCCGAAUUGAUUGAGGGAAAAGUUGACACGGACAAUGUCGACGAACAACCGAAAGAAGAACCUGUAGAUGAAAAUGUCGAACCGGAUUCGAAACCAGCCGAUGAUGAUGGUGAUGGUGAAAGUGUCGAACAAUCUGAAGAGUCAGUCGUUGAAAUCAAAACCGGAGAUGAAAAAGAAGAGAAUAUCGAUUCAAUUUCGAUCAAGGAUGAUAUCACUGAUUUGACAACGACCACAGAUGAACCCAUUGAACAAAACGAACCCGAAGAAGUGUUAUCUGAUACGGAAGCCGAGAAAAUCGAGCCGGUUGAAAGUGAAAAGGUUGAGAGCGCAGAGACAGAACCAUGUCAAGUUGAAAAUGUUGAGUCUUCGGAGCAAGAAUCGAAAGUAGAACAGGCAGCAGACAGUACAGCAGCUGAAACGGUUGUGGAAAUUUUGGAUGACGAUAUACUUGACGAAGACGAAUGCAUACAAGAUGCUGAGGCUCAAUCAAAGGACGACGAAAAAAUCGAGCCAGACAGUAUGCAAGGCGAAACAGAUGAUCUGAUCGAAAUUAAGAGUGAUGAUGAGAAACAAGAGGAAGGUCCAACCGAGGAAAAGAGUGAAAAAGUCGAUGAACCGGUUCCAACUACCAAAGUCGAUACACAAGAAAUUCCAGAAAGUUGUGAAAGGAAAGAAAAAUCUGUAACACCAGCUCCAACAGAGCGAAAAGUGUCAACCGAUGAUGAGCUCUUCGAAGAUGCUAAGGAAACAUUAGACAUUGAAGUGAAGCCACCAAAGCCCGUUACACCCGCCAUCAUAUGCGAUACCGACGACGACUCACCCAUCGAAGUGGUGAAAGAGGAGAAAGUUGGGGUGAAACGUGAUUAUUCACGCCGUAAAAAAGAUCAGAGCCACAAUGAAAAGCGUAAUGAAGAGCCAACACCAAGCGAGGAUACUGGCGGUUCGAUUAGUUCUCGGUUACGAUUGAAAGAUCGUGAUCGAUCCGAAAGCCCAUUCAUUGACGAAGAUAGCGGAGAACCAGCAGCCAAAAGUAAACGACGCUACUCUACAACACCAGUCAUUGAUUCGCUACCAAAUUCGCCCGCAUCCAGUGAUGACCGAGAGUAUCGUAGUUGGAAAAAGUCGAUUUUAUUGUUGUAUAAUAGUUUGUCAUCGCAUCGAUGUGCAUCUACUUUUGCCAAACCAAUCACCGAGGAUCAAGCGCCCAAUUACAAAACCAUCAUUCUCAAUCCAAUGGACUUGCAAUCGUUGAAACGGAACAUCGAUUCGGGCCAAAUUCGUUCGACCAUCGAAUUCAAGCGAUAUGUCAUGCUAAUGUGCUACAAUGCCAUUUUCUAUAACGUAAACGAUGAGGUCACAUGUAAACGUGCUAAAGACAUGCUCUCGGAUGCGUUACAGCUAAUUGCCGAGUUCACGGUUACGUGGAAAAAAGACAGUGAAAAAACGACGGGAGCGAGCAGCAGUAGCAGCAGCAGUGUCACCAAAUCCGUACGAGGUCGAAAGAGUAUUCGAUUGCUGCCAAGUAAUUAGUCUCAAACAAGCAUCAUUCAAUUCUAAUGAUAAGCUACUUUUCACACAAAAUUCAAACUUUGAUCAUAGCGAUAAAUGAUUCUUAACAUUAAAAUGACAUUUGAGUUAAAAAAAAAGAAAAAGAUAUAAAAAAAACAAAAAUAACAACUUGAA